AUGGCCAAAUGGCUGCGGGAGUACCUGGGCCGGGGGGCACGGCGCUCCCCCCCCCGCCCGCCCCAACCCGACUACAGCGGCGGGCGCCCACGUCACGGCGAGGGGCAGCGGGGGAGGGCGCAGCGGGGCCCCCAGCUCUACGACACCCCCUACGAGGACUGGGAGAAGGUGGGCGAGGGUUCGGGGGGGGGCACAGCCCGCGACAGCCGCCUGCCCCGUGACGACGAGCGCCCGGCGGACGAGUACGACCAGCCCUGGGAGUGGAAGAAGGACCACAUCUCGCGGGCGUUCGCAGUGCAGUUUGAGAGCCCCGAGCGCUCCCCCAGUCUGUCCCGGCAGCCGCCGCGCCCUCCCCGCCCCCCCCCAGGCACGAGGCCGCUCUGCCCGCCCAGCCCGGGGCACGUGGACACCUCGCUGCCCCUGGAGAAGCAAGCGUGGUACCACGGCCCCAUCGGGCGGGCGGGCGCCGAGACGCUGCUGGCGCUGUGCCGCGAGGGCAGCUUCCUGGUGCGGGACUGCGAGACCAGCCCCGACGACUACUCGCUGUCGCUCAGGAGCAGCCACGGCUUCGUGCACGUGAAGCUGACGCGGACGCGGGAGCGGCAUUUCGUGUUGGGGCGCGCGGGGGCCGCGUUCCCCUCGGUGCCCGAGGCCGUGGGGCACUACACCGCGCGCUCCCUGCCCGUCCGCGGCGCCCGCCACCUCUCCCUGCUCUACCCCGUGGCCGCGCAGCCCCCCUGAGCCCCACGCUGCCGGGGAUCCCCCCCGGCCCCCAUGGUGUCCCCAUUAAAGGCUGUGGGCUUUGGUACGCUCUGGUAUCUCUUGGGGCUGAACUCUAUGGUAUGUGGGGAAAGGGGUGAUGGCGGGGGGCUUCCCGUCCUGCUCCUGCCAGGGUCAGCUGAGCCCGCUGCCCCACAGGAGCACGGGGGGGGUUAGGGUCUGGGUCAGGGUUUGGGUUGGGGAUUGGGUUUGGGUUCACAUUAGGGUUUGGGUUUGUGUUUGGGUCAGGGUCAGAGUUAGGAUGAGGGUUAUGGAUCAGGAUUGAGAGCGGGAUUGAGUUUGGGUUCAGGUUAGGGUCAGAGUGAGGAUGAGGGUCAGGGUCAGGGUAUGGGUCUGGGUUUGGGUUUAGAUUAGGGUUGGGUUUGGAUUAGGGUUGGGUUUGGGUUCAGGUUAGUGUUAGGGUUUGAGUUUGGGUCCAGGUUAAGGUCAGGUUAUGGAUCAGGUUGGGUUGGGGUUGGGGCUGGGGUCAGGGUUUGGGCUGGGGUUAGGGAUCAGAUUUGGGUUCAGGGAUCAGAUUUGGGUUCAGGAUUGGGUCGGGGUUAGGGUCAGGGUGGGUGUCUGGAUGUGUACCCCCCCAUGGCC